AUGACGGAAAUUCUGGACAGCGAUGAUGAGUACGACGAGUUAUCGGAGCUACGACAACGCAAUAAGCCUGUACAGCAACAGUCUCAAGAUGAGGCCUUUGAUCUGGACGAUCUGCUACCCACAAUUGGAGAAUUUGGAAAGUAUCAGAAACUGCUUGUAUUUGGCAUCUGUCUUCCUGCCUGUAUACCUUGCGGGUUCUGUGCCUUUAAUCAGAUUUUCAUGGCCGAUGUACCGAUAGACUAUUGGUGUCGAGUGCCGGAGUUGUCCGCCAUGGACAUAGAGGAGCGCAAACAUUUGUCCAUACCGUUGGAAAUGGAUCAUGAUACACUUGUCUACAGCAAAUGCUACACCUACGGCGUUAAUUGGACCGAUAUACUGGAUGAUGUGACCAAUAUGAGCGCCCUUGAACCAAAUAAGAGCUGGCCCGUUGUGAAGUGUAGUCAGGGCUGGGAGUAUAAUACUAGCGACGUCUGGUCGUCAAUUGUGAUUGAUUUUGAUUUAGUAUGCGACCAGGACAUUUAUCCCACCAUUGGACUGGCGGCUCUCAAUACAGGUGGACCGGUGGGUGUGUAUCUCUUUGGAAUGCUAAAUGAUCGGGCCGGCCGACGACUAUCGUACUUCACCUGUCUGGCGACAUUGCUUUUGGGCAGCUUGAUUACAUCGCUGAGCACAGAUUUCUGGAUGUGGGCCGGGAGUCGCGUUAUAGUGGGCCUUACUAUACCAGCCGUUUACCAAAUACCGUUUAUUAUAUCACUCGAGCUGGUAGGUGAGAAUUAUCGUUCCUUUGUCACGGUUAUGACUUGCACCUUUUACACGUCUGGGAUAAUGCUGCUCUCAGUAGUCACCUAUCUGGAGCGAGACUGGGUGCGUCUUUCCUACUACACAUCCUUGCCGUUUUGGGCAUACUUUUUGUACAUGUUCGUCAUGCCGGAGUCGCCGCGUUGGCUGCUCAUGCGUGGCCGUUUAGAGGAAGCUUUGAAGAUACUCGAGCGAAUGGCGCGCGUGAAUGGUCGGCAAUUUCCUGAGGCUGUGCAUAGCAAGUUGGAGGCGCAGAUAAUACGGGACAAGCUCAAAAAACAGAAAAAGAAGGUCGUAAAUGUGGGUCUGAUGGAUUUGUGUCGUACACCCAACAUGCGGCUAAAGACUAUAUUGAUAACACUAAGCUGGUUCGCAAACGAGACGGUCUAUCUCGGCCUCAGUUACUACGGACCCUCCUUAGGCAGCAACCAGUAUCUGAGCUUCUUUCUGUCCGCAGUCGUAGAGCUGCCUAGCUAUUUGUGUUGUUGGUAUUUUAUGGAUACCUGGGGCAGAAGAUGGCCUUUGAGCUUGUCCAUGAUAUUGGGAGGCGUUUUCUGCGUUAUCACCGUUAUGCUGCCGGAUGAGGCCGUCGAUGAAACUCUGGUACUAUAUCUGGUUUCCAAGGCGCUGCUGUCGGCCUCCUUUCUCAUCAUUUAUCCGUUCGCGGGAGAGUUGUAUCCAACGCAAGUGCGUGGUAUUGGGAUUGGGGCGUCCAGUUAUAUUGGUGGUCUUGGUCUGAUUGCCAUACCCUUUGUAACGUAUUUGGGCAAGGAGAACCUGAAGCUUCCUCUGGUCAUCAUGGGAUUUGUUUCGAUGCUCGGCGGUUUGACAGGGUUGCGAUUGCCAGAGACCCUGCAUCAUCGCCUUCCGCAAACAAUCGAGGAAGGCGAGGAAUUUGGCAAGAAUUGGACGUUCAAGGACUGCCUGCACUGCCGGCCAGAGCCCGAUGUUGCUUCGCCGCCCACCUCAUAUGAGAACCUCGAUGUGUUGGCCUCAUCGUCUAACAAUGCCUCCGAAGUUGAGCUCGAGCUGCAAACCACCGGACGGCGCACGCGUCAACAACAGCUCAUCAAUGAACGCACACCGCUGGAUACAAACGCGAGUGACAGCGUCACUGGGCGACCAAUUCAUCGUCCCUCCAUGAAGCGCUUGGUGCGUCAAAUGAGUGUAAUGGACACCCAACGCUCCCACGAUGGCACCAUGCAAUUGACGCACUGGAUUUAAGACGACAGUUAUUGUCCGUCCUUACGAGUAAUUGUCUAGUAUACAUACAUACAUACAU